CAGGGCAUGGGAACGGGGCGUGGGGACACCGCGUGGGGGUAGGGCAUGGGGACAAAGUGUGGGGACAGGGCAUGGGGACACCGUGUGGGGCAUGGCAUGGUGACAGGGACUGGGGACACCACGUGGGGAUAUGGCACGGGGACACUGUGUGGGGACAUCGUGUGGGGGUAUGGUGUGGGGACCCUGCACAGGAUCAGGGCAUGGGGACACUUCGUGGGGGUACGGCAUGGGGAUGGGGCAUGGGAACAGGGCAGGGGGACAGGGCAGGGGGGGGUGUGGGUACACCGCGUGGGGAUAUGGUAUGGGGACAGGGCAUGGGAACAGGGCACGGGGACACCGCAUGGGGGCAUGGCAGGGGGACACUGUGUGGGGACACUUUGUGGGGACAGGGCAGGGGGAUAGGUGUGGGGACACCAUGUGGGGACACCAUGUGGGGAUUUGGUAUGGGGACACUGUGUGGGGUCAGGGCAUGGGGACACUGUGUGGGGGUAUGGCAUGGGGACGGGGCAUGGGGACACAACACAGGGAUACGGUGUGGGGACAGGACGUGGGGACAUCGUGUGGGAACAGGGCAUGGGGGCACUGUAUGGGGGCAUGGCAUAGGGACACUGCGUGGGGACAGGGCAUGGGGACGUUGUGUGGGGGCAUGGCAGGGGGACACCGUGUGGGGACAGGGCACAGCAAUAGGGCGUGGGGACACCACCUGGGGAUAUGGUAUGGGGACAGGGCGUGGGAACAGGGCAUGGGGACAUCGUGUGGGGACAGGGCAUGGGGACAUCAAGUCAGGACAUGGCGUGGGAACAGGGUGUGGGAACAGGGCAUGGGGACACUGUGUGGGGGCAUGGCACAGUCCCCACAUGGGGACGUGGACACAGGGACACUGCAUGGGGGCAUGGCACAGUCCCCAGGUGGGGGGGACAGGGCCUGGGGACAGCAUGGGGACAGCAUGGGGACACGGCACAGCCGCUGUGAGGGGUCAUGACAGAGGCAUGGCACAGGGGCACUGUGUAGGGACACAGCGCGGGGACAUAACGUGGGGACAUUGCACGGGGACAUGGCAAGGCCCCAUGGGGUGGGUGCCCUUGCCCCCUGUGCGAUGUCCCAAGGCCCCGCAGCUGACAGCGAGGCCAAGCGGGGGCCUGACCCCCACCACCCCCAUGGCAGGUGGCAGCCGUCGGGGGCCACCACCGCACACCAUCCCCUGUCCCCUGUCCCCUGUCCCCCGUCCCCUGCCCCGCACCCCCCGGCCAUGCAGGCUGCGCCGCCGCCCGCCCCCGCCGUCACCAUGCACCAGGGCUACGCGGCCGUGCUGUGUGUCCUGGCCGUGCUGAGGCUGGAGGCUGCCGCGCUGGGCGAGUGCGAGCUGGUGCGGCUGCUGCAGGACCAGCUGCGCUACGAGAAGCGCCUGCAGUACACGAAGCACUACUUCCCUGUCGGAUACACGCUGCGGGUCCAGUACGAGGAGGUGCUGAGGCCGGCCAACAUCACACGCCUGCGUGCCGGGGCGGCCUCGGAGGCCUCGCUGCGCUACCUCUGGUUCCACGUCAGCGCGCAGGCGGUGCAGCGGAUCCGCGAGGUGCUGCCGGAGCAGCACCCAUCAUGGCCCUACGCCCGCGACCUGGGCCAGCUGCUCGACGCCCUGGGCCGGGAGUACGGGCAGUACCGGCAGAGCGACGUGGCGGCGGCGGUGGCCGAGCUGGUGCAGCGGCUACACAGCGGUGAGCGGCGCCCCAAGGCCGUGCGCCCCAAGGCGCUGCUGGACAACUGCCUGCGGGUGCUGCGGAUGCUCUUCGGGGCACCCUGUCGGUGGGGAGCCACGGAGAGCGGCGGCGAGGCGGGGAGCCAGCGAGGAGGAGGAGGAGGAGGGUGAAGGGCACGCUGGGUGGGGGGCUCUUCGGGCAUUUCGUGUUCUUUUUCAUGUUUCUAUUCUAAUUUUUUAUUUUUUUAAUGUUUUUUAUUUUUUAUUCUUUAUUUUUUAUUAUUUUUUAUUCCUUCUUUAUUUUUUUAUUUUCUUCUUUUUUAUUUUCUUCUUUUCUUUAUUUUCUUUUUUUUUUUCUUCUUUUUUUUUUUAAUUUCUUUAUUCUGUAUUUUUAUUUUUUAUUUUAAAAUUUCUUUUAGCUUUUUAAAAACUCACCCGUUUUUAACAUUAUCCUCCCGUCCCGGCCUCCAUUAACCACUUGGCGGCGCCCAGCACCGAGCCCGGGCCCCGGGCGGGGGGGGCCGAGGCCGAAGGGCGGAGCCGCAGCUCCUCUGCCUCCGGGGGAGGGAGGAGAUGAGGGGGGCGACCGGAGCUGCCCCAUGGACAUUGCGCCCCAGGGACCUCCCACCCCAUGGACAUCCACCCCUUGGACGUCCCUCCCCAUGCAUAUCCUGCCCCUAUGGAUAUCCCCCUCCAUCGGCAUCCUGCCCCAUGGACCAUCUGCCCCAUCGACAUCCCUUCCCGCCCUAGGAAUACCCCCACCCCAUGGACAGCCCACCCCAUGGACAACCCUCCCCAUAGACAUCCCUCCCUAUGGACCUCCUUCCCCAUGGACAUCCUGUCCCAUCAAACUCUCACCUCCAUAGACGUCCCUCCCCGUAAACAUCCCUCCCCAUGGACCUCCCACCCCAUCGAUGUCCCUCCCCAUAGACAUCCUACACCAUAGAUGACCCUCCCAUAGUCAUCCCACCCCACGGCCCUCCCUCCCCAUUGACCUCCUGCCCUAUAGCCAUCCCUCCCUAUGGACCUUCUGCCCCAUAGAUAUCCUAUCCUAUGGCACUCCCUCCCCCUGGACCUCCCGCCCCAAAGACAUCCCACGUCAUUCCCCAUGGACAUCUCACUCCAUUUACAUCCUUCCCCAUAGACAUCCCCCCCAUAGCCCUCCCGCCCCAUAGACAUCCUACCCUAUGGCUCUCCCUCCCCAUGGACCUCCCACCCCACAGCCGUCCUGCUCCAUAGAUGUCCCCUCCAUAGACUUCCCCCCGCCCAUUGACAUCCCUCCCCAUUGACGUCUUCCCCCACUGAAACAUCCCACCCCAUAGCCAUCCCUCCCUUAUGGACCUGCUACCCCAUAGACGUCCCUCCCCAUAGACACUCUACCCUAUGGCCCU